UACCAAUCAGAGACGAAUGCGAAGCGCGGUUGUUGAGGAAUGGGGAAAAUUCCUCUUCCUGUUUGGGACUCUAAUCAUGGCUGCCGAGCGGCUCGCAAAUAUUCCAGAAGCAGAUAUAGACCCGAACGGCGUGUUUAAAUAUGUGCUUAUUCGGGUGCACAGCACCGAGGAAGGAGAUGACUCAAGUGUAGAUAUUGUACGCGGCUAUGCGUGGGCAGAAUAUCACGCGGAUAUAUACGAUCGGGUAGCAGCCGAACUGGAGAAGGGAGGUGGGCUGGACUGCGAAUGCUUGGGAGGGGGCAGAAUUAAACACGACAGCCAGGCCAAGAAGAUCCAUGUGUAUGGUUAUUCCAUGGGUUUUGGGAGGGCUAAUCACUCUGUUGCCACAGAGAAGCUGAAGGCCCGGUACCCUGAUUAUGAAGUGACCUGGGCUGAUGAGGGGUACUGAUGAACUCGACAGGGUCUCUCAUUUGCCUGAAUGCAUUACCUUAAUGGCUAGGGGGGGUCAUUUAAACAGCACAUUUAGUUGACCAAAGGACCGAAGUCUGUAUAAAACAGAAUGUGGUCAAGGAAACCCUUAUUGUUCAUGACGAUGAGAGUUGCUCAUUUCCUCAUAAUCUGGGUCUGUUUCCCCCUCAUCUAAUCCCCACUGCAAUAAACAAAGCACCUGGAUCUGGCCCACACCUGUGCUUUUCAGCUGUAUUCUAGUGCAAUGGGAAUCCAUUUGCUGCCAAUGUCCAGUAUAGGAUGUAAUGGUCGUGUAGCAGAAACUCACAAAGCCUCCUUUGCAGUCUGAUAGAUAGCGAAUAGUUGUUUCAGUUGUGAUAUAGCUCAGUGUUCUACUAAUCAAAACAUUAGGUUUAAAGACCUGCUUAAGUCAGUGCAGUCGGUCUGUGGUCUUCUUUGCAGCUGAGGUACCACCAGGAAGAGGAGAGAAGCAUAAUUUAUUUACA